GAAACAGUUGUUACCCCGACAUCGUAAAGUGCAGUCACCGGUCAUAAGAUGGCAACCAUUGGUAAAAUCGGGUUUCUCGGCGGCGGCAAUAUGGCCAAGGCAUUAGCCAAAGGCUUCAUAUCAGCAGGUCUAACCAAGCCCAGUGGCAUUAUUGCCAGCGUACACCCAGCAGACAAGAUGUCACAGGAAUCAUUUCAAGCGCUGGGCAUAGAGACGCUUGUUAAAAAUGCGCCCAUUGUGGAGCAAUCAGAAAUUGUUUUUGUAUCUGUCAAGCCGCAGGUGGUGCCCAAAGUACUGGCAGAGAUUAAGCCAUUGAGUGCCAAUAAACUAUUUCUAUCGGUGGCUAUGGGCAUUACAUUGAAAACUCUCGAGUCCAGCCUAUUGCCGGCUGCACGCGUUGUGCGCGUGAUGCCAAAUACGCCUGCUCUAGUAUGCUCCGGUUGUUCGGUUUAUGUGCGCGGCAGUCAAGCCAACGAUGAUGAUGCAGAGCUAACCAAACGUCUGCUUGAGGCGGUGGGCACUUGUGAGCCCUGCGAUGAAUCCCAGCUUGAUAUAGUUACAGCGUUAAGUGGCAGCGGUCCAGCCUAUGUGUUUGUCAUGAUAGAAGCGCUGGCUGAUGGGGCCGUGCAGAUGGGCAUGCCCAGAGAUUUGGCCUAUCGCCUGGCAGCGCAGACAGUAAUGGGUUCGGGGCAUAUGGUGCGUGAGUGUGGAACGCAUCCUGGGCAGCUGAAAGAUAAUGUUACCAGUCCAGCUGGCUCGACGGCAGCGGCCUUAAGGCACCUUGAGCUGUCAGGUUUUCGUGCAGCGGUUGCGGGUGCGGUGGAGGCGGCUACGCUGCGCUGCCGACAGAUCUCUGAGCAGCAGACAUAAAUAGCAUCGUUUGUUUUGAUUUGUUAUUUUAAUUAUCAACUUGUUUACAUUAUUAACACUUUCAAUACUCCCCGGAUAUUUAAAA